AUGGCACAAGACACGGCCGGCAUCAUCGACGACGAGCUCCAGGCGCGCAGGCCGCAGAUCUCGGCCAUUAACCAGCAGAUCCACGCCAACCCCGAGCUGGCCUACAAUGAGCACAAGGCCCACGAUCUCUUCGUCUCUACGCUGAAAAGUCUCGGAUUUGAGGUCACUCCGCAUGCGUACGGCCUGCAGACCGCCUUCUCGGCCGAGGUCGGCUCCGGCGGCCGCCUCGUGGUGUUCAACGCCGAGUACGACGCCCUCCCCGGGAUUGGCCACGCCUGCGGCCACAAUCUCAUCGCCUCGGCCUCCUUCGCCGCCUUCCUCGGCGUGGCUGCCGCGCUCCGAGCGCGCAACCUCCCCGGCCGCGUGCGCCUGCUCGGCACGCCGGCCGAAGAAGGCGGCGGCGGCAAGCUGCAGCUCAUCGCCGCCGGCGCGUACAAGGGCGCGGCGGCCAGCCUGAUGGUGCACCCGGGGCCGGGCCACGGGCUGACGGCGCCGGUCCGCGGGGUGUCGCUCGUGCGCAUGCUGGCCAACGUCAAGAUGCGCGUGCGCUUCACGGGCCGCGAGGCGCACGCCGCCAUCGCGCCCUGGGACGGCGUCAACGCGCUCGACGCCGUCUGCCUGUCCUACAACGCCGUCAGCAUGCUGCGCCAGCAGAUCCGCCCGCACGAGCGCAUCCACGGCGUGUUCCGCUCCGCCGGCGACCGCCCCAACGUCACGCCCGCCGACUGCGAGGUCGAGUACUACGUUCGCAGCGCCACGCGCGCGGGGGCGGCGGCGCUGUGGGAGCGGGUGAAGAAGUGUUUCGAGGGCGCGGCGAUCGCGACGGGGUGUCGAGUGGAGUUCGAGCGCUUGAACUCGUAUGCCGAUGUGCGCCCCAGCAGGGCGUUGUGCGAGGCGUACGUCGAGGCCAUGCCCGAGGGGACGGUGGCGUUUGAUCAGCCGGCUGAUAUCCUGGCGGGGAGCACAGACAUGGGGGAUGUCUGCUACGAGUGCCCAGGCUUUCACGGCGUGUUUGGCCUCGAGACAAAGGAGGGCGAAGCGAACCACACCAAGGGCUUCACUGCCGCGGCCGGGACCGACGACGCAUUUGAGCGCGCGCUGGAGUGCGCGAGGGGCAUGGCGCUGGUGGCAUGGAAGGUGCUGGCCGAUGACGCGUUUGCACAGCGCGUGCACAAGGAGUGGGAGGAGGAGAUGAAAUUGGCUGCCCAGGGGAAGUGA